UCUGCACAUUCCCUUCAACUCAAGGUCUCCGCAUCCUGCCCCUUGAGUUCGAUCCCCUAGCUAGCUAAUUACAGCUACCUUAGCUAGAAGCUUCUAUCCCUUUUGGAAUUUCCUCACAAAGGCUUGCAGCUAGCAAGAAUUGAAGUACUACCAUACAUUUAAGCAUCACCAUGGGUUGCUACGGCGAUUUCUUCGAGAAGGCCAAGCCUUACAUCGCCAUGAUCUGCCUGCAGUUCGGCUACGCCGGCAUGAACGUGAUCACCAAGGUCUCCCUUAACCACGGCAUGAGCCACUACGUGCUCGUCGUCUACCGCCAUGCCUUCGCCACCGUCUCCAUCGCCCCAUUUGCACUGCUUCUCGAGAGGAAGGUGAGGCCGAAGAUGACGUGGUCGUCCUUUCUCCAGAUCUUCGUACUGGCACUACUCGGGCCCGUGAUCGACCAGAACUUCUACUACGCCGGCCUCAAGUUCACCGGCCCAACCUUCGCAUGCGCCAUGAGCAACAUCCUUCCCGCCAUGACCUUCGUCAUGGCCGUCAUCUUCAGGAUGGAGAAGGUGGACAUUCGGAAGGUGAGGUGCCAGGCGAAGGUGGCCGGGACAGUGGUUACAGUGGCCGGCGCGAUGCUGAUGACGCUGUACAAGGGCCCGCUGAUGCAGAUGGUGUGGACGAGCCACGCGCAGCCGCACGGCAACGGCGGCGGGGAGGGCGGCCCGGUGGCCGCCGCCGUCGACCCAACGGGCCGGGAGUGGUUCCUGGGCUCGCUCUUCGUCAUCAUCGCCACCCUGGCGUGGGCCUCCCUGUUCAUCCUCCAGGCCCACACCCUGAAGCAGUACUCGGCGCCGCUCUCCCUCACCACGCUCAUCUGCUUCGUCGGCACCCUCCAGGCCAUCGUCGUCACCUUCGCCAUGGAGCACCGCCCCUCCGUCUGGACCAUCGGCUUCGACAUGAACCUCCUCGCCGCCGCUUACGCCGGGAUCGUGACGUCGAGCAUCGCGUACUACGUGCAAGGCCUGGUGAUCCAGAAGACGGGCCCGGUGUUCGCGUCGGCAUUCAGCCCGCUGAUGAUGAUCGUGGUGGCCGUCAUGGGCUCCUUCAUCCUCGCCGAGAAGAUAUACCUGGGCGGCGUCCUGGGAUCCGUCCUCAUCGUCAUCGGGCUCUACUCGGUGCUCUGGGGCAAGCACAAGGAGACCCAGGAGGAGUCACGGGCGCUGGCAAUGGAGCUGCCCAUGGCCGUGGCCGCCUCCAAGCUGGGAGACGCCGACGCGGCGUUCGCCAAGGAUUCCGAGUGCGGGAAAGCGGACGGAGCCAAGGCAUCUUCCAACGGACACGGAGGAGCUAGUGCAGUUUGAUGCUGCGAUUGUCCAACUCAACUACUUCUUCCAAGUGCUAACUGCGUGUGUGCACUGACUGGGAAGAGCGGAAAUAAUUUUUGCUCCGUGCCUGUGUAUUUUUGUCCUCGAUCUCCUGUAAUUUUGUCGACCGACUAGUAGUACUCCAAUGCACCUCGUAUUUUUCUUCUGUUUUUUUUAUCAGGGGAGAAAGAAUGUUUGUGUUGUGUUGUGUUGUGUUGCGUUGUGUUGAGGGGUAUAUAUGUGUUCACGUACUAGCAGAAUUUUGAGUGUUUUCGGGCAGAGUACUAUUUCUGGCCGCAAAUUAAUAUUGAGAUCAUCGAUUUGUCUCUGGCAUGAUGAA